AUGGGGGAUCUUCCUGAGACGACCCUUGGGACUACUGAGGAGGUCGACUGCGGGGGUCCGAUUGGGACGGGGUCACCGCUCCCUCCAGGAGUGAGCUCCUCACCUGGGCAUUCGGGGAAGGUGCUCCGCCCUCGUACUUGCACACAGGUCGAGUUGGAAGAGCUCGGCCCAACCCCUUCGACGAUCAAGGAGCAGGAUCGUGCUCCUGCUAGCAGUUUGAUGUAUAAAUCAUCAUCUCGUCUUUUGGCAGACUUCGUAAGCAUCGACUGCGGCAUAACCGGCAAUACUAACUACACCCACGGUGAGACCGACAUACUCUACGUAUCCGAUGACCAGUUCACGGACACGGGGAUCAAUCACCAAGUCGCCUCAAACGACGUGUCUUCCUCGCUCGACGAACUACUAUUGACGGUGCGAAGCUUUCCCAAUGCUUCCCGAAGUUGCUACGUCUUGAAGCCAGUGAUUCAGUACCGGAAGUACAUCAUGAGGGCGACCUUCAUGUACGGGAACUACGACGGCCUGAACCGUGCGAACGUCGUCAAGCCGCUGCUGUUCGAUCUGUACAUGGAUGUCAAUUUUUGGCAGACGGUCAACGUCAGCGAUCCGAAAAGCAUUUACGAGGUCGAGGCCAUGGCCGUUGCUUUGGCGGAUUCUGUGUCGGUGUGCUUGGUGGAUACGGGCUCGGGAACUCCCUUCAUAUCUGCACCGGAGCUGAGGCCGCUUGUGGAUGCCAUGUAUCCUUCUGCAAACACCUCGCAGAGUCUGGUUCUUAACAAUCGCCUUAACGUCGGACCUUCGAGAAAUAGCUCAGCGUUGAGAUAUCCCGAUGACCCCUACGAUCGCAUAUGGCGGCCAUGGACGAGGCCGGACGCGUGGAUGGAGAUAUCAACCACCGAAACGAUCAGCAACAGCGCGAAGAAUCUGUUCCAGCCGCCGACGACCGUCAUGCAGACCGCGGCCACACCCUCGGGGAACAGCUUGAAGAUGGAGUUCUACUGGACCUUCGCGGAUGCACAGGUCCCAAACAACGAGUUCUAUGUCAACUUGUUCUUCACCGAGUUCGAGCGCAACACCUCGAGACUGUUCAACGUGUAUCUGAACGACGAACUGCUGACAAAUUACACACCGCCCUACGGGUCGGUGGGCUAUUUGUUCAGCUCCCGCCCCCUGGAUCCGGCGUCCGAGUACCACUGGGCCCUCAACUCCAUGGGCCUGUCCACCCUGCCCCCCAUCCUUAACGCCAUCGAGGUUUUCACGGCGAUGCAUCUCACGCUGGCAGCCACCGCCUCCGGAGACGGUACGUUCUUCCCUUCUUGGAUGAGAAAUUGCGUUGCAUGCACAUAUCUCGUAAGUGUUCCCUGUGGCGCAUUGCACGAAAGGUGGUUGGUUGGGCUGCCUCCCUCUGCCUCGCCCCGCUGA